UAAAAAGGUCUCUGAUAUUAAUGACAGGUUGUAAACAUACCCGUAUAGUGUUUACCGUAUGUUUAACUAAUUGCUUAGAGAUCAAUAGUACCGUGACACUCAGUCAUUCAUUCAUGACAACAAUCAUCUACUAUUUAAAGUUUGUUUAUUUUAAUGUAAUUAACAAUAUUGUCCCCAUAACGGACAUGAAUUCAUGCGGAGUAAUUCGAACUUUUAUGGCUGAAUUUUAAUAGUAGGCAAGCAAUGGAGUUGGUACGCCGACGGAAGCUCGGGGCUGCAUCGGAUGCAGCGGGUGAAGAUGGCGACUUUGUACAACUUAGACUUGUCAGAGAGAGGCGGUUGAAAGAAAAACAAGAGACAGGGUUACCAGCCGAUGGGUUCUCGGAGGUUACAGGAGCAAUUCUGAAAGAAAAAGCCAACACUUUCAGAGACGGACCGAAGAGCCGACCAAGCACAGCCGCUCGGAUCCGCGCCACUGAAGAGUUGAGAGAGGAACUCUUCCAGGCUGUUGACACAUCUGAUAAACAUCAGAUACAAUUACUUCUGCAGAAGAUUUGUCAAUUUGGGAAAGUAAGUGAGAUUCGUGAUCCGGUUACAGACGAAAAUGUUUUACACUAUGCCCUAUCACGUGAUCAAAAGAACAUCGCCAUUUUUCUGAUAAGUUUGCAAGAUCUAGACCUGAUGAUGUCCCACCAUGUUGUACACAAGUCUGGAAUCCACGGACGAAACAAUGCUCUCCACAUAAUCACAGAAAAACAUGACACUGAAAUGGCUAAAUUUCUCCUAGCGAAAUUGCCGUCUACAGAAAAACGCCUUGAAAUAAUGGAAAUGAAAACAGCAGUAAAUAAUCAAGGCCAUCAAGGUCAAAGACCCAGGCUGUUUUCAUGUCUUCAUUUAGCCGCAUAUUAUGGUCACACAGAUUUGGUCACUCUUUACCUCGACCAAGGUAUGGACGUUAAUCAUUUGAAUGGCAAGAAAGACACGGCUUUGUUAUGGGCAGCAAGAUGGGGUCACGACAAUACUGUCAGUCUAUUAUUAGACAGAGAAGCUGACCCGGAAGUGAAAAAUGACAAAGGUUCAACGGCACUGUACUGGGCAAUACGGUACGAAUUCCCAAAAACAGUUCGUUUACUUUUGAAAAAAGGCAAGGCAAAUCCAAAUACAACGAGACAACUUGGGCUGGUAGCCCCAAUUGUGAUCGCUGCCGCGUAUGGCAACGUAGAGAUAAUGUCUCUCCUUUUACAACACCCGGAUAUAGAUAUGAACGUCAAAAUUCGCGGAGGUGAGAUGCCAACACACCACGCUGCAAAAGAAGGUUGUCUGUCAAUCAUAGAAAUGCUGAUCAAACGUGGAGCCUUAUUUGACGAACAAGAUGAAAAAGGUGACACUCCACUUCUUCUUGCUGCCAAGAGUGGACAUGUUGAUAUUGUUCAAGAACUUAUUCGACAAGGAGCGAAUGUAACACAUAGGAACCACGAAGGACAUGACGCCUGGUACUUUGCUAUGGAGAACGAAGACAAUGCUCUGCUUCAGACACUUGUAACUGCCACUCGAGAUCACGAGAUGUCAUGGAGACAGCCUCUCUGUAUAGCGGCCAGUAGUGGUCGGUGUGAUAAAAUUCAGUUUCUCCUGAAGAUGAACAUAGAUCCAUUGAAAGCCGACGCCGACGGCAACACUUUCCUUCACCAUGCCGCUAUGUCCAACCAAAGUGAAGUAAUGGAAAAGUUUCACGAAACUAUAUCUAUCAACACUCAAAAUAACCGAGGAAACACUCCUUUGCAUAUUGCUUGUUUCCGUGGCAACACAAAAACAAUUGAAAGUCUCAUAAAGUGUAAGGCAAAAGCAGACGUUAAAAAUAAAAAAGGAGAAACGGCACUACACGUCGCCGCAUACUCCAAACAUAUCACUGCCGAUACCGUGAGAAUGUUGGUGGAAUAUACGAUCAAAACGCAUGCGUGGGAAAGUUUGAACGCCAAAGAUUUUGGAGGCAAUAACUGUUUACACAUUGCUGGAAAGUUUGCAAAACCUGAAGUGUUAUGGGAGUUCAGAUUAGUGAGAUUUAAGGAUAGGGAUAAAGAUGGAUUGACUCCCCUACACGAGGCAGUGAGACCAGACCAACCGGAAGCGCUUGAAAUGAUGUUGGAUAUAUUUGAAAGCAUGCAGAGGGAUGCCAGAAUCAAUGAACAAAGUUAUGCAACAAGCGAAACAGUACUUCACCUUGCCGCUGAUGAAGGUCAUGCUAACGCUGUCAAGAGGUUGAUAUCGCUGGGCGCAGACAUUGCCAUGAAAGACAUAAAUGGCGACACUGUAUUACAUAGAUUAACAAAGCAAUGUGCAGAUGACAGUCGUAAUGUUUCCCGCCAUCUUGAAGUGUUUGAUACCAUUCUUGAAAAUGUGGUCAAAUGGUGGUGUAUCAGGAAAAACAUUCCUUUCCCAGAGGAAGAAAAUCAGGAUGUUUUCAUGUCACAUCGACGAGAGGCUAUUCUCUUCUUGAUAAAUGAUAUAUGCAAUAACGAAGGUCUUUCCGUGGUCGAUCAGGCAUUUAAAUCCGGUGUUCCUGAAGUGUUGUCAAAGUUGCUAAUGUUGGAAGGCGUGACCAUGUUCGUACAAUCUGAUAAGUUUGUUUUUGAUAUUACAUCUUUGACUCCAAGAAGUAACGACUCAAUGCAGGUUUGCUGUGGAAACCGUCGUGUGUCGCCCGUUACAGAGAAGGAUGAAGCCAGUAAGUCGUCUGCUUUCUACUUAGAAGGGAUAUCUGGUAUUGAAUGGCUGAUCAGUCAUACGGAAAAAGCACGCGCUGCAGAGAUUUUAGAUCUUCCGCCAAUCCGGAUAAUUGAACAAUACUAUAGAUCCAUGGUUGCGUGGACGUUUGUUUCUUUGAUGAUCUUUCAUAUCGUAUACAUGGCUAUAUUUACAUACGUCGGCGUGGAACUUUUAAAGAAACUACGAAAUGAUGAAAGUUCCAUAAAUUCCUCCGACUCGGAUACGUUAUUAAUGUACAUCAUUGUGCCAAUAGAACCUGCGAUCAUUCUGUUAUACGUUUUGUAUACACUCUUUAGAUACUGUAUCACUGAUGAUCUUGGCCGGAAGUCUAGACUCAGCCGAAAGAAAGGACUUAGACAAGUUGCAUCCAUUAUUGCGUCUUACCUGUUCCUGGCAGUAUGUGUAGUAUUCGCUGUGUUGGUGUUUGCUUGGAUUGGACUUUUCACUGAACGUUACGCGUACCAGGACUACUUUUUGUCAGCGGCUUUGUGUAUAGGUUGGUUGCUCACAAUUUCAUUUACACGAGGAAUUCGUGCAAUUCAUUACUUCUAUCGAAUGCUAAUUAGCAUGAUAUUCAGGGAUGUUUUUCGCUUCAUACUUGUCUAUCUGUUCGUUCUACUCGCCUUCGGAUUCGCCUUCCACGUUCUGUUCCAAAUAUCAAGUGCUAUCUCCAGCGACUAUCCCAAUCCUGCCGAUACUCUGUUCUUGACGUUCAAUAUGAUGAUUGGAAUGGGGGAAUUGUUUGACGACGCCUUCGAGACGAACAUGUCAGAUGCUGGAAGAACAACCGUGUACAGUAAAGUGCUAUAUGUAAUUUUCAUUAUCCUGGCAACAAUUGUUCUUCUAAAUUUGCUGAUUGCAAUGAUGAACGAUUCGUACUCGAUGAUUCUACAAGAAAACCAGAUCACGUGGAGAAUAGAAUCUGUGAGUCUAGGAGUGGAUAUUGAGUCAAACUUUCUCGCUAGCAAAGUCUUCUCUAGGGGAGAAAUUACCAGAGGAGAAUUAGGUCAAAUCGUAUCCAGUGUAGGCCUACCGUCGGAACGGUGGUAUGUUAGUAUGAGAGAGGAUUUGUACGAUCAGUACAUGCGUGAAAGCGACCGGAAAUACUCCAAGUCAACAGAUGCUGUUUCAAAACGUCUGGAAGACAUUGAUACACGUGUAGCGGAAGUUGAGCGCCAAACGAAUGAAAAUUUUCAACAUUUAUCCAAACUUUUGGAACAGAUCCGGGACCGAUAUUUUGAUUUUUUUCCAUGGCUGAUACUUAUUAACAGGCAAGCGAUGGAGUUGGCACGCCGAAGGAAGCUCGGGGCCGCAUCAGAUGCAGCAGGUGAAGAUGGCGACUUUGUACAGCUUAGACUUGUUAGAGAGAGGCGGCAGAAAGAAAGACAAGAGACCGGGUUACCAGCCGAGGGUUUCUCAGACGUCACUGGAGCAAUCCUGAAAGAAAAAGCUAAAAACUUUAGAGAUGAACCGAAGAGUCGACCGAGCACAGCCGCUCGGAUCCGCGCCGCAGAAGACUUUAGAGAAGAACUCUUCAAGGCUGUUGACACAUCUGAUAAACAUCAGAUACAAUUACUUCUGCAGAAGAUUGGUCAAUUUGGGAAAGUAAGUGAGAUUCGUGAUCCUGUUACAGACGAAAAUGUUUUACACUAUGCCCUAUCACGCGAUCAAAAGGACAUCGCCACAUUUCUGAUAAGUUUGCAAGAUCUAGACCUGCUUCUGUCACACCAUGAUGUGCAAAGGUCUGGAAUCCAUGGAAGAAACAAUGCUCUCCAUAUAAUCACAGAAAAACACGACACCGAAAUGGCCAAAUUUCUUCUAGCAAAACUGCCGUCGAAAGAAAAAAGACUUGAAAUAAUGAAAUUAGAAACAGCAGUUGAUAUACAAGGUCAAAGGCCAAGGCUGUUUUCAUGUCUUCAUUUAGCCGCAUAUUAUGGUCACACAGAUUUGGUCACUCUUUACCUCGACCAAGGUAUGGACGUUAAUCAUUUGAAUGGUAAGAAAGACACGGCUUUACUAUGGGCAGCAAGAUGGGGUCACGACAAUACUGUGAAUCUAUUAUUAGACAGAAAAGCUGACCCGGAAGUGAAAAAUGACAAAGGUUCUACAGCACUUUAUUGGGCAAUACGGUACGAAUUUCCAAAAACGGUUAGUUUACUUUUGAAAAAAGGCAAUGCAAAUCCAAAUACAUCGAGAAAACUUGGGCUGGUAGCCCCAAUUGUGAUCGCGGCUGCGUAUGGCAACGUAGAGAUAAUGUCUCUCCUUUUACAACACCCAGAUAUAGAUAUGAACGUUAAAAUUCGGGGAGGUGAGAUGCCAGUUCACCACGCUGCAAGAGAAGGGUGCCCGUCAAUCAUAGAAAUGCUGAUCAAACGUGGAGCCUUAUUUGACGAACAAGAUGAAAUAGGUGACACUCCUCUUCUUCUCGCUGCCAAAAGUGGACAUGUUGAUAUUGUUCAAGAACUUAUUCGACAAGGAGCGAAUGUAACACAUAGGAACCACGAAGGACAUGACGCCUGGUACUUUGCUAUGGAGAACGAAGACAAUGCUCUGCUUCAGACACUUGUAACUGCCACUCGAGAUCACGAGAUGUCAUGGAGACAGCCUCUCUGCAUAGCGGCCAGCAGUGGUCGAUGUGACAAAAUUCAGUUUCUCCUUAAGAUGAACAUAGAUCCAUUGAAAGCCGACGCCGACGGCAACACUUUCCUUCACCAUGCUGCUAUGUCCAACCAAAGUGAAGUUAUGGAAAAGUUCCACGAAACAAUAUCUAUCAACACUCAAAAUAAUCGAGGAAACACUCCUUUACAUAUUGCUUGUUUCCGUGGCAACACAAAAACAAUUGAAAGUCUCAUAAAGUGUAAGGCAAAAGCAGACGUUAAAAAUAAAAAAGGAGAAACGGCACUCCAUGUCGCCGCAUACUCCAAACAUAUCACUUCCGAUACCGUGAGGAAGUUGGUGGAAUAUACGAUCAAAACGCAUGCGUGGGAAAGUUUGAACGCCAAAGAUUUUGAAGGCAAUAACUGUUUACAUAUUGCUGGAAAGUUUGCAAAACCAGAAGUGUUAUGGGAGUUCAGAUUUGUGAGAUUUAAGGACAGGGAUAAGGAUGGGCUGAUUCCCCUACACGAGGCAGUGAGACCAGACCAACCGGAAGCGCUUGAAAUGAUGUUGGAUAUAUUUGAAAGUAUGCAGAGGGAUGCCAGAAUCAACGAACAAAGUUAUGCAACAAGCGAAACGGUGCUGCACCUUGCCGCUGACGAAGGUCACGCGAACGCUGUAAAGAGGUUGAUAUCGCUUGGCGCAGAUAUUGCCAUGAAAGACAUUAAUGGCGACACUGUAUUGCACAGAUUAACAAAGCAAUGUGCAAAUGACAGUCGUAAUGUUUCACGCCAUCUUGAAGUGUUUGAUACCAUUCUUGAAAAUGUGGUCAAAUGGUGGUGUAUCAGGAAAAACGUUCCUUUCCCAGAGGAAGAAAAUCAGGAUGUUUUCAUGACACAUCGACGAGAGGCUAUUCUCUUCUUAAUAAAUGAUAUAUACAAUAACGAAGGUCUUUCCGUUGUCGAUCAGGCAUUUAAAUCCGGUGUUCCUGAAGUGCUUUCAAAGCUACUGAUGUUGGAAGGCGUGACCAUGUUCGUACAAUCUGAUAAGUUUGUGUAUGAUUUUGAUAUUACAUCUUUGACUCCAAGAAGCAAUGACGCAGUGCAGGGGUGCUGUGGAAGUCGUCGUGUGUCACCCCUUACAGAAAAGGAUAUAGCCAGUAAAUCACCUGCUAUAGAACUUGAAGGGAUAUCUGGUAUUGAAUGGCUGAUCAGUCAUACGGAAAAAGCACGUGCUGCAGAGAUUUUAGAUCUUCCGCCAAUCCGGAUAAUUGAACAAUACUAUAGAUCCAUGGUUGCGUGGACGUUCGUUUCUUUGAUGAUCUUUCAUAUUAUAUACAUGGCUAUAUUUACAUACGUCGGCGUGGAACUUUUACAGAAACUACGGAAUGAUGAGAGUUCCAUAAAUUCCUCCGACUCGGAUACGUUAUUAAUGUACGUCAUUGUGCCAGUAGAACCUGCGAUCAUUCUGUUAUACGUUUUGUAUACACUCUUUAGAUACUGUAUCACUGGAGAUCUUGGCCGGAAGUCAAGACUCAGCCGAAAGAAAGGACUUAGUCAAGUUGUAUCCAUUAUUGCGUCUUACAUGUUCCUGGCAGUAUGUGUAGUAUUCGCCGUGUUGGUAUUUGCUUGGAUUGGACUUUUCACUGAACGUUACGAGUUCCAGGACUACUUUUUGUCAGCGGCGUUAUGUAUAGGUUGGUUGCUCACAAUCUCAUUUACACGAGGAAUUCGUGCAAUUCAUUAUUUCUAUCGAAUGCUGAUCAGCAUGAUAUUCAGAGAUGUUUCUCGCUUCAUACUUGUCUAUCUGUUCGUUCUACUCGCCUUCGGGUUUGCAUUCCACGUGCUGUUCCAAAUAUCGGGUGCUAUCUCCAGCGACUAUCCCAGUCCUGCUGAUACCCUGUUCUUGACGUUCAAUAUGAUGAUCGGAAUGGGGGAAUUGUUUGACGACGCCUUCGAGACGAACAUGUCGGAUGCUGGAAGAACAACCGUGUACAGUAAAGUGUUAUAUCUAAUUUACAUAAUCCUGGCAACAAUUGUUCUUCUAAACUUGCUGAUAGCAAUGAUGAACGAUUCGUAUUCAAUGAUCCUAAAAGAGAACCAGAUCACGUGGAGAAUAGAAUCUGUAAGUCUAGGAGUGGAUAUUGAGUCAAACUUUCCAGCAAGCAAGGUCUUCUCGAGGGUGAAGAUUACCAGAGGAGAAUUAGGUCAAACUGUAUCUAGCGUACCGUCGGAACGUUGGUAUAUUAGUAUGACAGAGGAUUCGUACAAUCAGUUCAUGCGUGACAGCGACCGGAAAUACUCCAAAUCAACAGAUGCUGUUACAAAACGCCUGGAAGACAUUGAUACACGAGUAGCGGAAGUUGAGCGCCAAACGAACGACAAGCUUCAGCAUAUAUCCGAACUUUUAGAACAGAUCCGCGACCGAAAAUGAAAAAGUAAUUUUCCCGGGAACUGUUACGAUAUGUAUGGAGACCCUAAAGCGACAUCUGCCACUGUUGUUUUAGAUAUAUAUCUUUAUUUUGUAGAAACGCAUAAAUAUUUCGUAAAUGCGAAAUGUUGUAUCGUUUUUCAAGACAAUUUUUCUUUUCGUUUUUACGAAGUAAUUUGAAUUUGUUAGAUUUUACAUUAAAAGAUAACAGCAACUACGAGACAAAGAAAAUGUAGUAUAUAAAAUAAGUGUCAGAUAUGACUUUAAGGGCUUCGUAGAUAUGCAUGAUGUCAACUAUUUAAGCGUUUAUGGCAAGUUUAUGUAACUAUAACACAUCUUAUUUUAUACAAUACGUACUGUGAUACUAUAUAAAUAUACGAGAUAAAUCAGUAAUACAUAAGCGAUAUAAAAAGUUCUUCUGCAUUAUACUGCACAGUUAAACAGACUGUAACUGCAAGACUAUGAAACAUAAAUAUAUGAAUUCUCAAUGGUCAGUUUAUGGUCAUUUUAAUAACGGUACAUUAUAUCAAUUUUAUGCACGUUCAAUGUCCAACACCCUUAUAAACUUGUUAGGUACUAAACUAGUAGCUAUCUUAAUUACGAGAUCUAUGUAAUAUUACAGUUCUAUGCACAUUUUUUCACUAACGGAGUUAAAUUAUGCAACAUCAUGUGAUAUAUAUUUUCUCAUUUAGAGAUGUUGGAGAAGUUAGCAGACGCGUUUUCUCAAAAUUAUAUGUGAACAAAAUGAAACGGCAGUGCUAUGAUCAAAUGCAACUGUCUUACAAUAAUUCUAUUUGGUGCCAUAUCGAUCCUUACAACGAUGACUCCUGUUUAUAUCUAAACGGUCGUCUGUAAUAAGAUUUCAGGUCCUUUAAACGGGUGGCAGUUACAAGGUCUAUAAUUUUCUAUUUUUUAUAUGCAUUUAUACCUUUUUUUCACCUUUAUCCCUCGAACAAACUCUGAAAGCUGGACAUAAGUAGUAAAAAUCAGGUUUUUAGAAAAAAGGCUGUUAGAUUUUUAACAGUUAAUGCAGUUAAAUUUUAUCCCUAUACACUAAAGCUGUAUUGCUUUUUUUAAUUACCAGCAUGUAAAGCUGGGGAACUGCUUUGAAACUGUAAAAGAAUCAAUCCAUCUAGACUUAUAUUGAUGGAACUGAUUAUGGAAUAUCAGUUCUGUUCAAGUUAUGCAAUUUGGAACUACCAAUCGAGAACACAUCUCACGAAGUUUUAUAGUAAUAUUUAAUUUGUACCGUGAUAUAUUUAUACAUUUUUAGAGAAUAUUUUUUUACUAUUUUUAUUGUAAGCACUGAAAUACUCGUAUAUAUGUCAUUUACAAAUGUUAUUCAUUAAAAUAAUAAGUUAC